GGGGCCGGGGCCGGGCGCACCGGGCCGGUUGGGGGCUCCGCUCAGCGGCGGCAGCAACCGGAGCCCCGGCCACGAAGGGGUGCGACCCCCCAUGGGCCCCGCCCCCGACCGUGGCCCGGCCAAUCAGAGCGGCUUUUACUGGCGGGUGGGCCGAGCCGGCCCGGCUGCUCGGAGGCUCUGGCAUGUCGGUUCCCGAUUCUGGUCCCCGGCCCCCAGCAGCGCCUGCCCCCUUCCCACCGGGGCCCCCCAUGAUGCCACCACCCUUCAUGCCCCCUCCGGGGAUUCCCCCGCCCUUUCCUCCAAUGGGGCUACCCCCCAUGAGUCAGAGACCACCAGCCAUCCCCCCCAUGCCACCUGGCAUCCUGCCCCCAAUGCUUCCACCAAUGGGGGCACCACCACCACUCACACAGAUACCAGGAAUGGUACCUCCAAUGAUGCCAGGAAUGCUGAUGCCAGCGGUGCCCGUCACCGCAGCGCUGCUGUAGCUGGGACUGGCCCUCCGAGGGCCCUAUGGAGUGAGCAUGUGGCCCCUGAUGGGCGCAUCUACUACUACAAUGCUGAUGACAAGCAGUCCGUGUGGGAGAAGCCCAGCGUGCUCAAGUCCAAGGCGGAGCUGCUGCUGUCCCAGUGUCCCUGGAAAGAGUACAAGUCGGAUACAGGCAAACCUUACUACUAUAACAACCAGAGUAAGGAGUCCCGCUGGACUAGGCCCAAGGACCUGGAUGACCUGGAGGCUCUAGUCAAACAAGAGACUGCAGGGAAACAGCAGCAGCCACAGCCCCAGACACUGCAGCCACAGCCACCUCAGCCACAGCCUGACCCCCCACCUGCACCUCCUGGUCCCACCCCAGUGCCCAUGGGUCUCCUAGAACCUGAGCCAGGUGGGAGUGAAGAUUGUGAUAUGUCAGAGGCUGCCCAGCCCCUGGAGCAGGGGUUCCUGCAGCAGCUGGAGGAGGGCCCCAGCAGUUCUGCUGCACAGCAUCAGCCACCACAGCAGGAGGAAGAGGAAUCAAAGCCAGAACCAGAGAGGUCUGGCCUCAGUUGGAGCAACCGUGAGAAGGCAAAGCAGGCGUUCAAGGAACUGCUGAGGGACAAGGCUGUCCCCUCCAACGCCUCGUGGGAACAGGCCAUGAAGAUGGUGGUCACCGACCCCCGUUACAGUGCCUUGCCCAAACUGAGUGAGAAAAAGCAGGCAUUUAAUGCCUACAAGGCGCAACGGGAGAAGGAAGAGAAGGAAGAGGCCCGGCUAAGGGCCAAGGAGGCCAAGCAGACCCUGCAGCAUUUCCUGGAACAGCACGAACGCAUGACCUCUACCACCCGCUACCGGAGGGCAGAACAGACUUUUGGGGAGCUGGAGGUUUGGGCUGUGGUCCCUGAGAGGGAUCGAAAAGAGGUUUAUGACGAUGUCCUCUUCUUCCUGGCCAAGAAGGAGAAGGAACAGGCCAAGCAACUCCGGCGCCGCAACAUCCAGGCCCUGAAGAGCAUCCUUGAUGGGAUGAGUAGUGUCAACUUCCAAACUACAUGGUCCCAGGCCCAGCAGUACCUCAUGGAUAACCCCAGCUUUGCUCAGGACCAUCAGCUGCAGAACAUGGACAAGGAAGAUGCACUGAUCUGCUUUGAGGAGCACAUCCGAGCUUUGGAGAGGGAGGAGGAGGAGGAGCGGGAGCGGGCCCGGCUUCGGGAGCGGCGCCAGCAACGCAAGAACCGGGAGGCCUUCCAGACCUUCCUGGACGAGCUGCACGAGACAGGGCAGCUGCACUCUAUGUCUACCUGGAUGGAGCUGUACCCAGCAGUCAGCACUGAUGUUCGCUUUGCCAACAUGCUGGGCCAGCCGGGCUCCACUCCUCUGGACUUGUUCAAGUUCUAUGUGGAGGAGUUGAAGGCACGAUUCCAUGAUGAGAAGAAGAUCAUUAAGGACAUCCUUAAGGACCGGGGUUUCUGUGUGGAGGUGAACACAGCCUUUGAGGACUUCGCCCACGUCAUAAGUUUUGACAAGAGGGCUGCUGCGCUGGAUGCAGGCAACAUCAAGCUGACCUUCAAUAGUCUGCUGGAGAAAGCAGAGGCACGGGAGAGGGAGCGGGAGAAGGAAGAGGCACGAAGGAUGCGGCGCAGGGAAGCUGCCUUUCGAAGCAUGCUGAGGCAGGCCGUGCCUGCUCUGGAGCUGGGCACUGCCUGGGAAGAGGUCCGUGAGCGCUUUGUGUGCGACUCAGCCUUUGAGCAGAUCACUUUGGAGUCGGAGCGGAUCCGGCUUUUUCGGGAGUUCCUGCAGGUGCUGGAGCAGGCUGAAUGCCAGCACCUCCACAUCAAAGGCCGAAAGCACGGCAGGAAGGGCAGGAAGCACCAUCGCAAGCAUUCCCACUCACCCUCAGUGAGUUGGCAGGGCUCUGAGUCAGAAGAGGAGGAGCUGCCCCCACCAUCUCUCCGGCCCCCCAAGCGGAGGAGGCGGAACCCCUCGGAGUCAGGCUCUGAGCCUUCUUCCUCACUUGAUUCGGUUGAAAGUGGGGGUGCUGCCCUUGGAGGACGAGGCUCCCCCUCCCACUUUCUCCUUGGAUCAGAUCAUGGCCUUCGGAAAGCCAAGAAACCAAAAAAGAAAACAAAGAAGAGAAGACACAAGUCGAACAGUCCUGAGAGUGAGACAGACCCUGAGGAGAAAGCUGGCAAGGAGAGUGAUGAGAAAGAACAAGAACAGGACAAGGACAGGGAGCUCCGGCAGGCAGAGCUCCCUAACCGCUCCCCACGCUUUGGAAUCAAGGAGAAGACAGGCUGGGACACAUCGGAAAGUGAGCUGAGUGAGGGUGAGCUAGAGAGGCGGCGGCGGACACUCCUGCAGCAGCUGGACUACCACCAGUGAUCUGAUGAGCUGCACUCUGCGUCGGGUCUGUGUGAGGCUGUGGCUCCUUGGCCACCUUCACCGUCUGCCUCAGACUUCUUCCUUAGUCUGGUCUGUGUCCACUUUUCCUAAAGCAACCCUACCCCCAAUACACCAUUGUUGGCACCUCUCAAGGUUGCUCUUGGUGUUCAAGGGUCCCCCACUUCCCGGACAACUAGUGCAGUCCUCGCCCUCAGCCCCAGACCAGAGAUGAGUGGUAUAUGCCACGUGGGGUGGGUAAUGCCAGUAGAUAAAGUGUGAGAGAAGGGGUCUUCAGGGAGAAGUGACAGGCUGGUGGCCACAGCCUGGGUGGCAGAGGGCAGGGUCCUCACCUUCUAGCAUCAGUGCCUGUUCCUGUCUGCCCUGGCCCUGGGGUUCCACCACUUCUUCCUCCAGCCCCAGGACCUAAUGUACGCUUGUUUUGUUUUUGUUUUUUAAAUAACAGUAUUUAUAACAUG